GAUUCAGGGUCAGUAAAACUGAAAAUAAAAAAAAGUGAUUGACAUUUCAGAAUUGUUAGCGCUGAUAAAUUUCAUUAGAAAUCCUAUUUGAAUAUAAAAAAUCGUAUCUUAUAACUUAUUUACUUUUCAACUUAUAAUUAUUUCUACAAACAAUAACACUAAAUAGGUGUAUAAAAUGAUUUCUAUGCAGUUAUAAUAGAUAAAUUGCUCAAUAUAAUUGGAUAUUAGAAGAUUUUGGGGACAAGUGUAUAUAAAAGUUUGAUAAAUGUGUGAGCGUUAUCCAGGAUACCUGUUCGGGGGGACUCCGGUCAGCAGUUGGGAUAGAAGCUUUAAUUCACUAGAAAAUCAAAUCCAACAGCAAUAUAGAGGUCGAGUCGGCGGUGGUGUCCGGUGUUGGGGCAGCAUGUCUGAAGGAGGUGGUAUAUCCUCCGCUGGGGGUGACACGGCCAAGACGAACCUAAUCGUCAACUACCUACCACAGACGAUGACAGAGAAGGACCUCUACGCCAUGUUUAUGACCAUCGGACCGAUUGAAAGCUGUCGUGUUAUGAAGGAUUUUAAGACUGGUUAUAGUUACGGCUUUGGAUUUGUUAAUUUCACGAGAGAAGAGGACGCCGCGAGAGCAAUAGAUACGUUCAACGGUUACCAGCUCAGGAAUAAACGGUUAAAGGUUUCCUACGCUCGUCCUUCAGGUGAAGAUAUAAAAGACACAAAUCUAUACGUAACGAAUCUCCCUCGUGCUAUAACCGAGGAACAGCUGGAGACGAUAUUCGGCAAGUACGGAAGGAUAGUGCAGAAACACAUUCUAAGGGACAAAAGUAAUGGCACGCCGAGAGGUGUCGCUUUUGUAAGGUUCGACAAGCGGGAAGAAGCCCAAGAAGCAAUAGCGGCACUAAAUAACGUUAUACCAGAAGGUGGUACGGAACCACUGAGUGUCAAGGUGGCGGAAGAGCACGGUAAACAAAAAGCUGCUUAUUAUGCUGGAUGGGCGGCGGGCUUUCAUCACAACCGAGGUGAGGCCGUUAAAGGUGACUUUGCAUGGAGCUGCGGGAACUGUAUGAUGCCGGAAUCGUGGGAUGGUUUCUCCACGCCACCUUUAUCGGGAAGCCACCCAAAUACACCCAGAAACGGAUGCAGGCCAGGCGCCUGCGCGAACCAAAGGAUGGGCUAUCCCCAAAAUCAUCCCGGAAAACCCGCUCCGAGAUCAGGUCGAGGUAGGAAUCUCCCAUGGGGUCAAGGCUUUGGUGGGGACGAGAGAUAUAAAGUACAGCGGUGUAGAAACGGCACUGCGCCAUAUUGGUAGGAUAUAUUGAAUACGUUUGUAUGUGUGCGAUAUGAUCUCAUGCUGUAAAUAGUCAUUUUGAGGAGAUCGAAGUGAUAAGAAGUGAUAUUUCUAAGUGCGUAUGAUAUUUAAUUUCCUUAAAUAACUGUGGAAGAAAAUUAUACUAACCUUGAAGGUCAAAAGGUCAGACAUUUAAGGCUAUAAACGUGUUUAUUAACUGACAAAAGAUGUAACGAUUGCGUGUGUACGACUUUGAAUCGUAAUGCCUUAUGUCCUAAGUCUAUAUUUUAAUUAAAAGACUAAAUAUAAUUUUGACACUCACAUUAGUUAAAACAUUGAGGCUUAAAGGCUUGAAUAGAUGAGAGGGUUUCUAUAAAUCCGUACUAUCGUCUGAAUGAUUGGGAACGACUGGUGACCUUGAAACACUGAGGUCUUGGUAUAAAUUUCCUAAAAUUACUUAUACAAUAAUUAUUAUGAAUGUAGUAAAUAAAGUAACCUAACUCGUUUGUAAGGUCAGGGUUUAAAAGGCUUUUAAACUUUGUUAAUACAUAGUAAAUAUUCUAUAAAUCAAUGAUUUUCUCGUGAAUUAGAAUUUUUAUUGUUCGCUGUUGGUCAUAUAGUCUGUUUCAUUUAUAGGAGUAGUACACACAAAUAUCUCUUAGUUUUGUCUUCUAUGCGAUCUACCAAUACAUAUAUGUCAUAUUAGAUCCGAUCUGCUGUAUUUAUAUACAUCAGUAGUACGCACUACAAACAGUUCUCGAUAUAUCUUUAUUUAUAAUACAAAACUAUUCAACUAACUACUUAUAUAAAGUUUAAUUUUAAAUCCAAAGUUCCGAUAACAACUUCAAAGAUUCAAAUCGCCAUUUUUUGACCAAUGAUAAGAUCGAGUUAAUGUUAAAUAUGUGUUUACUUCUCCUGGGAUUGGAAUAGGCUAUAGUUAGCUAAAUACGUUUAAACCAUUGUAAUAUCAAUGGAUAUACUUCAGUGGUCUUCAACCGACUACAACGGAGCUAAAGAGUAUUGUAUCGGUGUUUGUCUAUGUGUGGAAUGUAUGACAAUAUUCUGACAUGCUUGUGGUAUAUAAAGUAACUAUACUUGUUAUCUUUGCUUGAAGAUAUCGAGUCGAUUCGUAUUAUUAUUAUUAGUGUUUUAAUAGCAGAUUUUGGUAAAUGUGUCACACAGACCGACGUGUAAUAUUUGAACCAUAUUAUAUGUAGACUCAGUGAAGCAGCUUGGUGGAAUGGAUCUUCUGAGGAGCUCCAAGUAUGCCCCGAAUAUUUUUGUUAAUGGAAUAUAAUUCUCCAGCGUUAAGAGAUAUGCGUUUAAUGCUAUAUAAACGAUAAUUGUAUCUACUAGAAAUGUCAGUCUUCAUUCUUAAAUAUUUGUGAUUCAAACACAUUUAUCACUAAGUUUAUAUUUUGUAAUGAGUCAUGCUCGGCGGUGAAAGAAACAAAAAAAAACUUAAAAUCGGAUAUUUUUUACACCAAACCGCAAUAAAGCGUUUAUGUAAUUUUCAAUUUUCCUAUGAGAAGUGGAUUUUACACAGCAGUGUUAUAUGUACUGGUGGUAUCCACUUCAUAGUAGAUUUUAAGAGACCGUUUUUUAUCUUCUGUAUAAUUACUUUUUGUGCAAAUUCUAGGGGUUUUUUUAGCUCAAGAGCACAUUGUGCUAUAACGUUAUACCACCUUAAAUUAUACAGUCUAUCUUGGUAGCGAUCUAAUGGCAACUAUGAUAUACAAAUUGUCUAUGGUAAUGUACAAAUUGUCUAUGGUAAAAAUAUUUUGUAAGCAUAAAAAAGCGAGCGAGUCUUCCAGUAGUCGUAUAUGACAUGUAACAUUUGACAUCUCACCUUGGUUAUUAGGAACACUAACGUUAUAUCCUCUAGGAAAAUGGGUCGGGUAGGUCUGACGGUCAGCUUAGUACCGCACGUGCUCAUUGGUCAAAUCAAAUAUCCCCCCCUUCCUGUUACACACUUCCGUCCCUUUUCAGAAAUUAAUCCAAAGAUUGCAGGAAAGCAAGAGAAUUAUAGAUUUUACACAUAAAUUAAACCGGCGGCGUGUGUCCUUGUUGUCGCCCGCGGCUUUGCUCGCAUUUUAUUGUCGUCAGUGUUAGGCAUAAAAAAAUAGCCUAUGUUCUUGGGGUUCAAGCUUGCUUCAUACAAAAUUUCAUCAAAAUCGGUUCAGCGUUUUGGCUGUGAAAGAACAACAGACAGACCGACAAAGUUACUUUCGCAUUUUUAAUAUUAGUAUAGAUUAUAGAAGAAAGAAUUAUAGACUUAUAAUAUAAAAUGUAUUUUUACUAAUGACAAGUAUGAUGUUUAUGGCAGUAAUCCGUCUUACAUUUUCGUUAUCUUUUAAAAUUGAGAAAAAAAAAAUUAAAUUGUCGAUUUAUAAAAUAAAUUUAACAACACUCUUUUAAAAAAGUUUAAGAAAACCUAAUACUUAAUAUAGGUAGGCUUUCAGUAAUGAAUAUAAGAUUCUUAACAAUUUUUAUUCCUUCUUAAACUGGUUUAUAUAGGGAGACAUUUCCCAAAGUCUGUUAUAAGUCUACGACGGUAUAUUUAAUGAGUUGGAAUAAGAAACGCUGUGAUUACCAUUGACAUUUGCGGGGGUUUCCCGUUAAAAUAAUCCUAUUAUAUCUUUAGUUAAAUGUUUUUUAACGUGUAACAUCUCAGCUAUCGAUAUGUCGCAGCUUUUGGUGGGAUUUAACAAAAUGAGAUGUGUGUAGCAAG